GCAGAACUUAAACACAGUGUUGUUGUAAACAAUGUGAACAAUGACUCCUCUAACCAUCUGGAUGAAAAAAUAUUCCACUCAUAAGAAGACUGUAAACCCAAGUUGCCCAUCGAUGCUCGAUGAUGGUCACCUUGAUGUCAUGCCUGUCCGUGUGCUGUCGGAGGGGGCGGGGCCAGAUGCCCAGGUACCAAAACAACUGACCAGGAUUCCCAUCUCGCUCAUCAGCAUGAACACCGACUCCUCCGACAAAAUGUUCAAGGGUAAAGUGGUUCGUAAAGGUCCGCUGGUGUCGUUAGCAGAUGACAACUUCAUCCAGAAGGCUGUCGUUCAAGAAGAAGAUUCCCAACCAAACAUGUCGUCCAUUAACAUCGUCCUGUUGGGAUCACUGGCCAAGGACUUCAAUCAGGCUGUCAAUCAAGGGGAUGUGGUGGUGGCCUCUGGCUUCACUGUGGGCAAAUCUCCCACAGUUCAUAAGGACAAGUUGCACCCCUUUAACCUGCUGCUGUCAGGAGAUGACGCCUGCGUUUAUGUGUCCCGCCCGCCGCCUCCUCCCGACCCCCGAUCCCCACCAGCCAUGAAGAGGAGCUCGGCGCUCUCCGCUGAGGUGUCCAGGGCGACCAAGGCCCCAAAAUACACAUACGUCCGACUGGACGACCUGAAGGCUGGAUCUGUGGUCAGCGUGUACGGAGUGGUGGUCUUCUUCAAGCAGCCGUUCAGGAGCCGUGGCACAGACUUCUGCUCCAGCCUGAAGAUCACCGAUCAGUCCAACCAGAAGAUCAGCUGCACCAUCUUCUGCGAGAAGCUGGAAGACCACCCCAAAAUCUUUCAAAUUGGAGACAUCAUCCGCAUGCACAGAGUCAAGACUCAGUUCUACAACAACUCCAUCAUGCUGGUCAACACCUUCGGUUUCUCUGUGGUGACGUUUGACGGGGCGGUGGGUGGACCCGUGGAGCCGAGGACCUCCAGCCGCUCCUUCCACUUCGACCAGGAGGACCGUCGGACCGUGGAGGAGCUGCGAUCCUGGGCCACCAGCCAGGCCCUCCUCCCUCAGGUCCCCACAAUCCCUCUGUCUGCCGUCCAGCCCAAAGCUUACUUUGACCUGACCUGCCAGCUGCUGGCCAAAGCUCCCAUCGACACCACCUGCAUGCUGCUGAGGGUGUGGGACGGGACCAGGUGUCCUCACACUCUGCUGAAGGUCUUAGUUGAGCCGAACAUGACGGAGGGGCCGUCCUCCUUCUCCACGAAGAGAGAAGAACUCAUCGCUAACAUCCUCGUCUACGACAACCACGUGGAGGUCGCCAGACAGCUGAAGCUCGGGGCCUUCCUGAGGAUCUACAACCUGCGAGCGAUCCCAGGAUCCAGUAAGGUGCCUGGCCUCACCAGCAGCCAGGCGGAGGAGGUGGAUCACCUGGCUUUUCACCUGCACGGAGGGACGGCGUACGGGAGGGGGAUUCGGGUUCUUCCAGAAAACAGCCCCGACGUUCAGGAGCUGAGGAGAGUCAUCGAGGCCUUCCCAGACGAUGGCGAGCUGAAUGACUCGGAGUUGCUGGAGAUCUGGAGCACCCCACCAGAGACUCCACCAGGUGCUGAGACGGUGGAGUGCAGCACAGAGAGAAGCUGCGGUCACGACAUACAGCCGGCGACGCUGUCCGAGCUGAAGCGGUCCGACCCGGGGCGAGUUCACCACGUCAGGGUCCGCCUGAGGUCCUACGAGCCCCGCAGACUCCACCAGGCUCUGAAGCUCUACUGCAGCAAGUGCACAUCUAUGCAGGACGUCCCGGAUGAUGAACUGGUGGCAGGUCUCUUCUCUGAGGCGUCCAGGGACUCCAGACCCUGCGGUCUCCCGCCGUGGGCGCUCUCCGGGCAGGUGGACGUCCCCGGAGAUUCCCCAGGAUCCUCGACGCGAGCGCUGGGUGUCCACCUGUCCACGCAGCUCAUGUCCGAGGGCAAAACCAAGGAGCUCAUCUUCCUCGCGGGUUCCACUCUGGAGGAAACGUGUCGACUGGCGUCCGGCUACCAAAACAUCGUCCCUGUGAGGUCAUCGGAAGGUCACCUGACGCUGCUCGACCUGUCUGCACCUUUCCUCUUCAGAGGCAGGAGGAGAUAUUACGGAUGCAGGCAGUGCUCUGAGGCUGCGCUGAGGGAACCGUGUGCCGAAGGAGUCGAGCUGAUCAAUCAGGAGAUCAUUGCAGAGGCUCUCGGCGUUCAGCUGCUGCAGUUCAUCCUGCUGAUGAAGCUGGAGCUGCAGGACGCCACCGACACGCUGGACGUCUUCCUGUGGAGAGACGCCGAGCUGUUCUUCGGGAUGUCUGCAGAGGACGUAGCAGCCAAUCAGGAGGCUCAGGACAGCAUCCGUCAAAUGAUGGACUCCCUCUGUCCACCAGGGGGCAGCACCGGUGAGCGGCCGUGGCUCGAUUUGUGUCUGACAGUGUACCAAGCAGAGGGCGACGGGGGACAGAACCAAACCUGCUAUCAGAUCUGCCAGACCUCCAUCACCAAACCCUCGUCCACGCCGUCGGACCCAGCCUGAACCAGCUGCAGGUCAAAGGUCACCGGUAAACAAGAGUCCUGCAGAAAAAAAACUGUUGUUGUCAUUUUUUAGGUUUUGGACUGAUGACAUUAAAAUGUUGCUGUAAAAAUGUAUAAAACUUCUGACUUUCCUGCGCAGCUCCCAGAGCUUUUUAAUCACUUUGUCAAAAUAAAAGAAAUUCUUCUUCAUGGGGUUGUUGGUGUUUGAGCAGCUGCAGCUGCAUGUUAGCGUUUAGCUCAGAGCAGCUAGCACGGCUGUAAACUCCGUCUUGCAUUCAAACAUGUCACAGCACUAACAACGGCUCAUUUAAUUCUACUUUGGCCUUUUUCCCAGAACAACCUGGAGGACACACGUGAGACACAGAACAGAGUGAAGUAUUGACAGGAAAUGUGCUGCAGUUAACUAAACUACGAUGCUUUGCUGGAUUAAAAUGCAAAACCCCGAGAAACACUCAAACUGUGGCUAUAAAAUAAAAACUGCAGCAGCUGAGUCUUCUGAUAGGUCAGGAUUAUUGUGUCAGGUGACUUGAUAACUAUCCUCGUUACAUCAUAUGGAAACAACAUGAAACUGCUUCAUCUGCCUCCUGCAGGAAAAACACUUUAAAUCCUGUGAAGGACUUUGUCCUCCAGGUUUUCAGGACUGAUCUGUGGUGUUACUCUGCCAUCUGCUGGACGUGAUGAUCCUUCAUUGAUAAGAACUGGAUCCAAAAAUAAUGUGUAGGCACAUCACAGAGCAAACAAACAGUGAGUACAGAGAAGAAGAAUAUCGAUCCUGUCUUUGUCUUCUUAAUGUUUGUCCUGGUGUCUGCGUGCUCUGCUUGUCCAGACAAAUGAUGGACAGCGUUCACUUUGGAAAAACCCACAGGAUUAAUUCUAAAAGAGAUUUACAGACGUGGUUUGAGCAGUUACAGUCUAAAGGCAGCUCUGCUUUCAGAAGACACGUCUUUAAACCCUUUAAUAGUCUCUUAAUGUUUACAUGCUGCAGAUCAGAUUUGUGCUGGUGUAACACCGUGACUUUACACUAGAUGGCGCAAAAAACCUGUAAAUAUUUGUUCUGACAUGAAACUGUGGGAAACAACAUUUCUUUACUGGAACUUGGACUGAACACCAAACAGCAGUUUAACUGUUAAUGAAGCAGGAGAAACUCCUCUUUGUCAUAUGUAUUCCUAUAAUUAGUCUAAAUCCAUCAAUAGGACAGUUUACUGUGCUUCAUUUCCUUCAAUAUCAAAAUUUGUUUGCCUGUGUCUGACAGUUGCAUAAUAUUAAUGUUAUUUGGGUUGCUAUAAAUGCACCACUAAAGUACAGUUUAUGGAAGCCUUUGGGGACUAAUUCAUAAAAUAAAAAUGCAAUGCAAUGUUUCCCUUAUUGCAUAUGAGUGUUGUCCGCUUUGGAACAGGUUAAAUGGUUGA